CCGGGAGCGGGGCGCGCCCGUUGGCGGAGACCGAGACCGGCGUUUGUUGACUUCCUCGGAGGCGGCGGGGGCGGUGCCGAGCCCCGGGAAUUCCCUGCGGUGGCGAAGGCCGAAGCCGCGGCCGGGCCGGCGGGGCGGGGGCGAUGGGCGCCCGAGCGGAGACCGCGAGGGGCGGCGCUGCCUCCCCGCCGAGCUGAGCGCCCGCCGCUGACCCGCCCGGCCGAGCGGGGCCCGGACAGCUGUCAUGGAGGAGUUGGUAGAGGAUGACAUCUGUAUUUUGAACCAUGAAAAAGCAGACAAUGCUCACAAGAGAGACAGCGAUGUUCCUGUUCCAUCGUAUAGUGGAGAUGAGUCUGUUGCCUCACACUUUGCACUUGUCACUGCCUAUGAAGAUAUCAAGAAACGACUAAAGGAGACAGAGAAGGAGAACUCCUUCCUAAAAAAAAAAGUGAGAAUUUUAGAAGAGAAGGUGCUUGGCUCCCGGCUAGAAGAGGAGUGCAGCUCAGUUGGGCGGGAACAAGUCAAUAAGGCCUACCAAGCCUAUCGAGAGGCCUGCAUCGACCGAGAUCAUCUGAAAAGCAAACUGGAAAAAAUGGUGAAAGAAAGUGCAGAAUCCUUGAAAAACUUGAACGAACAGUUGCAGUCUAAAGAAAUAGAGCUGUUACAACUGAGAACUGAAGUGGAAACUCAGCAAGUGAUGAAAAGUCUGAGUUGUACUCAGGCUAACUGGGAAUUAGAGAAGCUGAACAGUGACCUAAAAGUGCAUAGUCUGGAACAGGAUCUAGAAAAACUCAAGGAAGAGUGCAACAGUCUCAGGAAGGAGUUGCAAAAUUCCAAGCAGAAGGACCAGGCUCAAGAGGAAAAUGUAUUACAUGGAGACCACCUUCAAAGGCAAGACAUCCCGAGUGUGCAACAAACAUAUUGGGACCUGAAGAGAGAAAUGUCUAAUUUGCGUGUAGUGGCUGACAAGCAAGCUGAGGUCCUACGAAAACUGAAAAGAAACCCAACAGGAGCCAAGAAAGCUGCCUCUACUGCACCAGUGCAAUGUGUUGACUUGAACAUUUCAAAGCUGAAUUUGACAUCUGGGGUAGUUUAUAAAAACCUCUCACAAAAUGAUAAAGCCCUUGGCAACGCUGUGUCUCCCCCUCUGCUGAGAGAUGCCCACGUCCCAUCAGAAAGGGUGAUCCUACAAGCAUGGACAGAUGAGAGACCAAUUCCAGCUGAUGGCAAAAUGUUUCAGGAACACCAUUCUUAUGGAAAGAGCUCUCUGGAAGAUAAUUCCUGGGUAUUCCCAAGUCCUCCAAAGCCCAAUGAGAAUAUGUUUUGGGAAAUGAAAAAUAAUCCAACUUUGUUAAACUGUCCAGCAGAUUACCUGGAUCAGUGUAAUCAAAACUGUCUGCACAAGAGUUAACAAUUUUUUGAAUGAAUUGAGGCAUUUUUGGAGUGAUUCUGAAUAGGCACCUUAAUGCUUGAACUUUUAAGGAGAGAAAACAAAUUGCUUGAAAUGUUCUUUAUUUUUGAUUCUAGUUCCAAAUCAGAAAGCCUAGUCUUCCUCUGCUGUAAAUCAGGAGCAAGUUCCUUGACGUUAAAGCUGUGCUGGUAUUAUGUAAAUACAAAGAAAUCUCACAUGGGGAGUAGAUAGUCUUGUACUGCAAAUGACAUACAUUUGCAAAAGGUUACACUGAAAAGUGAGUUUGUGGAAUAAAACAAAAUAAUCCAAUUCUGUAUUUGUUUGCUAUUUGUAUGUUACCAAGAAAAUACUUGGUAUCCAGUGUUAGAACUUGUACCAGCUCUGAGCUUUUAUUUUGACAGUGUUCUUUUUCAGAAUAAGACAUAAUACGAAGAAUUGGAUUCUCUCUUCUUCUUCCUUUCAAUUAGCUUUGAUUCCUCUGGUUUGGAAAUGCAUUUUUCUGUAAUUUUUAACCAAGAAAGGUGAGAAUUUUUUUAUAAAUUUUUUUUCAACCUUGAUUUAUAUGAGAGAGUGACAAGACAAAAUUCUCCCCUAGGCAAUCCUGUUUUGAUUGCCCCGUUUGGAGCUUGAUUGUGAAUUGUGAAGGACCAUAAGUAAUGGCUGCUGAACACUGUGAAUCCUGGAGGUUCAGCUGGUUUCCCUCAGUUCCUGCUGAAGGAAGCUGAUGAAACUGCACGGUGGUGCUGUCACAUACCCAGCCUGCUCACAGUGCAGUUUUCCAUACUGUGCCUCCUUUGCACAGCACCACAACUCUGACUCUCUAUUUGUGUGGUGGUGAAGGCUACUAACUUUUCUUUUGUUAAAGAAACAAAGCCUUAAUUUAAUUAGACUUGGUGUUGUUGCAUUGUUGAUAUACAAAAAGAAGUAUUUUUGUAGUGUCUUUAGUAUGCCAUUGAGAACCAGAGCUACUAGAAUUCCAACUAUCUGCUUUAUAGAUUAUGGGUGUCUAGGCACUACUUUUUCUUUUUUUUUUUUCCCUCUUAAGGCUGUGAACUGUUUCUAGACACAUAUAAUUUAUGCCUUUUUUUUUUUUUUUUUUUUUUUUGUAAAAUUCUCUGCUUUGAAUCUGGCUUAAUACAACAGAGUGAAGUGAAAUGUCUUGACUGCUCAAAAAGUUGAAGAAAAAUGCUUUGUAUUUUAGAUCUACGAUACCUAACUUGUAAUGGGUGGGAAGAUACUUAAUACUGAAUAUUCCAUUUACAGAUGUGUGGGUGGGUGAAGUAUCCAGCUUCACAGAUCCAGCUUAACAUCAAAGUAAUAAAAAUUAAUUUCACAGCUG